UUAGAACUUGACUUGCUCCAUACUCUUAUAUUUUUUGUGUCUCACACUAAAGAAAUGAAAGAUGCAUGAUUCUAAGGCUAAAUAGCUAGGAAGUAUUCAUUCAAACUUGAAUAUUCUUCAAAGAGAGUGUGGGGGCAACUCUAAUCGGAGGAAGAAACAUAAAGGAAGUAAACCCAGAUGUUUUCCACCAAAGUCCUCCUUUUGGCUGGUCUGAUUUCUACUGCACUGGCAGGGCCAUGGGCUAAUAUAUGUGCUGGCAAGUCUUCCAACGAGAUCCGGACGUGUGACCGCCAUGGCUGUGGACAGUACUCUGCUCAAAGAAGUCAGAGGCCUCACCAGGGUGUGGACAUCUUGUGCUCUGCUGGAUCUACUGUGUAUGCACCAUUCACUGGAAUGAUUGUGGGCCAGGAGAAACCUUAUCAAAACAAAAAUGCUAUCAAUAAUGGUGUUCGAAUAUCUGGAAGAGGUUUUUGUGUCAAAAUGUUCUACAUUAAGCCAAUUAAGUAUAAAGGUCCUGUUAAGAAGGGAGAAAAACUUGGAACUCUAUUGCCCUUGCAGAAAGUUUAUCCUGGCAUACAGUCGCACGUGCACAUUGAAAACUGUGACUUGAGUGACCCUACUGCAUACCUGUAAAUGGAAGGCCAAUGGUCAGAUCUUCAAAAUAAAAAGUCAUCUUAAAAACCUGGAUGCAUACCCCGCUCUUCAAGAAAUUUGUAUUCACAAAGGAAAAAUGCAUGAAGGGAUGGAUACUCCAUUUUCCAGGACUUGGUUAUUAUACAUUGCGUGCUUGUAUCAAAAAAUCUCACGUACCUCAUAUAUGUAUACACUUGUGUACCCACAAAAUUUUUU